AUGGCAACUUCAAAUAUCGAUGUAAACGAAGGAAUGGACAAGUCCCUGGCAGAUCUGGUAGCACCAUGGCGUCCAAAGCCACUCCAGAAGUACUGUAUAAGCAACACUAAUUUGAUAGACGUGGUGAGUGGUACCAGUAAUUCUGGUGCUUAUAUCUUCAUAGAAAAUGGUAUCAUUUCGAAGGUUGAAUUUAGUUCUGAAAAGCCAGUGGCUAUUGACGAAGACACUUUUGAAAUAAUUGACGGCACCGAUAAGUAUGUAACACCAGGGUUGAUUGAUAGUCAUGUCCACAUUGCGUCAGUUGCCGGGGAAGCCGACUUAACCAAGCUAAUGUUGAUGCCAAAGUCUGUCAUAUUACUCAGAAUAAGAUACACUUUAGAAGCCGCUUUGGCAAGAGGUUUUACAACAGUAAGAGAUUGUGGAGGUGCAGAAGGUUUUUUGAAGGCAGAAAUACUUCAAGGUACUCUGAAUGGCCCCAGAUUAAUAACAUGUGGGCAUGCCAUUUCCCAAACUGGUGGCCAUGGUGACCUAAGAUCCGGUGCCCUACCUGGAAGUGCCUUUGACAGCUGUUCAUGCCACUUUGGCCAGGUUGGUGUUAUUGCGGAUGGUGUUCCCGAAUGUUAUAAAGCAGCUAGAGAAGAAUUUAGAAGGGGCGCAGACUUUAUCAAGAUCAUGGGUGGUGGAGGUGUAGCAUCUCCUACUGACAAAAUAUCAAACAAACAAUAUUGUAAUGAUGAAAUAAAAGCGUUCGUAGAUGUUGCAAACGGUUACCAUACAUACGUAACAGCACACGCUUAUACUCCAGAAGCUAUACAAAACUGUGUUAAAUUGGGUGUUAAGGGUAUUGAGCACGGAAACUUACUAGAUGAGCCUACUGCGGAACUUAUGGCAGAAUACGAUUGCUACUUGACUCCAACCCUGGUAACCUAUAAAGUGAUGGGUUCAGAUCAAUUUGGCGCAUUCCUGGGACCAGAGAAUAGUAAGAAAAAUGCAGAAGUGCUUUACAAAGGAAUUGAUGCAUUGAAAAUUGCCCAAAGAAAAAAUGUAAAAAUUUGUUUUGGGUCAGAUUUAUUAGGCCCUCUAUAUGGUUAUCAAACACAAGAGUUUUGUAUUAGAGGGAAGGUUCAAAGCGCCCAAGAAGUUUUACUUUCGGCCACAGUGACACCUGCAGAGAUGAACGGAUUGGGUGAUAAAUUGGGACAAAUUAAACCGGGCUUCAUUGCGGACUUACUGAUGAUGAAGUCAAAUCCAUUAGACGAUAUAACAGUCUUAGAUAAACCAGAGACUAAUUUAAUUCUUGUGAUGAAAGGUGGAAGAAAAUACUGA